AUGCCAUCCUUGAUGUCAUUCGGAUACAACCAGGUCCUGCUUGGUGGUGUUUUGACACUACGGAGCUUCAACGAUGAAUUUCCUGAAAUCGACGUGGCCAAUGCAGCUCCUUCAGACAAACGGAGAAUUUCUGUUAUUCAAGGUACAGUUGUGGCAUUAUAUGCGAUUGGAGGACUUUUCGGCGCGCUUUUAUGCAUUGGAUUGGGGGAUAUCUUGGGUCGCCGUCGAGUGAUUAUGGUGGCCUCGGUUCUUCAAAUAUUGGGGGUGGUGCUCAUGGGAAGCGCAUAUUCAUUCGCCCACCUCAUUGUCGGUCGAACUGUCCUUGGCCUUGGAAUUGGUGGCCUGAUGGCGACCGCUCCUGUUUGGCAAUCAGAAAUAUCACCCGCAGCGAAACGAGGCACCCAUGUCGUGACCACUGGGCUGUUUGGAGGCAUUGGCGGUACGAUUGCUUUGUUCCUAGACCUCGGCAUGUCCUUCACACCUGGAAGUGUGGGAUGGCGCUUCCCAUUCGUGUUCCAGGGUCUCUUUCCCUUGAUGUCAAUCGUUAUAAUCUGUUUUCUGCCAGAGUCGCCUCGCUGGCUUAUCAUGCAGAAUCGAGUGGAGGAAGCGCGAAGUGUCCUGGCAGCCCUGGAGUCAAUUGAGCAAAGUCACCCGAAGAUUGACGCUGAAAUCAAGGAUGUGCAAUCAUCUCUUAGUCUCACUGGUGAAGGCUCUCUGCGGCAGGUCUUCCACAUGGGUCCACAGCGGGUUCUUCAUCGUGCGUUUAUAAGUGUGGCUGCAAUGUCCUUUUUGCAGCUCACUGGUGUCAACGUCAUUGCAUUCUAUACGACCACGAUAUUCGAGACCUACCUAGAGCUAGGCUCGAUCAUGUCCAGAGUCUUGGCUGCCGUAUAUCAAUCAGUCGCCCUGGUUGGGGGCACAUUUUGUAUCUUCACCGUGGAAGAAUUCGGUCGGCGAAAUUUGAUGUUAGCAGGUGCUGCAGGCAAUACUAUCUGCUUGGCUCUUGUCGCGGGACUAGGCUCUCAGCCUCUUAACCAGACGGCUAUCCACGCGGCUGUGGCAUUCAUCUUCCUAUAUCAUUUCAGCUUCAUUGUCGGAUUUGCCGGUGUCCCCAUUUUGUAUGCGACGGAGAUCGCUCCCUUGAAGAUGCGUGGGACGAUCAAUGGCCUGAGUCUCGGCUUCUUUUGGGCAUUCUGUGUGCUUAUCGCAGACAUCACUCCGAUCGCUUUCGAGGCUAUUGGCUGGCGGCUUUUCAUUAUUUUUGCUGCGGUCAAUCUGGCCAUUGUGGGAGUUGUGUAUCUCUUCUUUCCAGAGACUGCGGGUCGUACGCUUGAGGAGAUAGAUGGGAUUUUUGUCUCCUCGACUACUAUCUGGGAUCCGGUAUGGGUGGCUAAGCGAUUGCCACGGUCAACGAAUGGGAAGCUUCAGGCUCAGAAGGACUUGAAAGAGCGAUGUCAAGGUAGGAGAGCUAUGUAA